CUGCUCUCCGCUCCCUGAUUGGCUGCCCGUUGUUUCCGGGGCUCCGCUGUGCGCUCACUGACGUUUCUCGGUGUGAGCCCCCGAGACAGACUGGAGAGAAUGGCUGCCAGUGGAGAGGUAGGGAAGCUGUCACAAGUACAAAAUGGGACACCUCCAACAACUAAUUAUAACGGGGUAGAUGCUGUUCAUGCCUGUAACGUCCUUCAGCAGCUCAAAGCCUUGUUCGAUGAAGCACAGCUCACAGACAUUGUUGUAGAAGUGGACCAUGGCAAGACUUUCUCAUGUCACCGAAAUGUCCUUGCAGCAAUCAGCCCAUAUUUUAGGUCCAUGUUCACCAGUGGCCUUACAGAGAGCAGCCAGCGUGAGGUCAGAAUCGUCGGGGUGGAAUCUGAAUCCAUGCACCUUGUCCUGGACUAUGCCUACACAUCCAGGGUCACACUCUCGGAGUCCAAUGUACAGGCCCUGUUCACCGCAGCCAGCAUUUUCCAGAUUCCUGCACUUCAGGACCAGUGUGCCCAGUUCAUGAUUAGCCGGCUAGACCCACAGAACUGUAUCGGGGUCUACAUGUUUGCUGAUGCUUAUGGGCACCAGGAGCUGAGGGACAGCUCGCAAGACUACAUCCGCAAGAAGUUCCUGUGUGUGUCGUGGGAGCAAGAAUUCCUCCAGAUGACCAAGGAGCAACUGGUCAGUAUUUUGAACAAUGACGACCUCAACGUGGAAAAGGAAGAGCAUGUCUAUGAGAGCAUUGUCCGCUGGCUAGAGCAUGAUCUGUCUGGUCGUGAGGCCCACCUAGCCGAGGUUUUUUCCCAGUGCAUCCGUCUACCCUUGCUGGAGGAGGCCUUUCUCAGUGGGAUACCUGCCCCCUUUGCCUGUGCCCUGUCCCUGUCUAAAGACCAUGCUGAGGCCAAAGCCCGCCUCACCGGCACCAAUGGUUGCCCACAGCGCCUGGGUAUGACCGCUUCUGAGAUGGUCAUCUGCUUCGAUGCUGCUCACAAACACUCAGGGAAGAAGCAGACGGUGCCUUGUCUUGACACAGCCACAGGAAGGGUGUUCAAGCUCUGCAAACCACCCAAUGAUCUCCGGGAGGUCGGUAUCUUGGUGUCCUCUGAGAACGACAUCUACAUCGCUGGCGGUUACCGGCCAAGCAACAGUGAGGUGUCUAUAGACCAUAGAGCAGAGAGUGACUUCUGGCAGUACGAACAUGCAGGCAACCGUUGGCUUACACGUGCACCUCUACUGCGAGCGAGGAUAGGCUGCAGGCUUGUGCACUGUUGUGGGAAGCUUUAUGCACUGGGAGGCCGAGUCUACGAAGGCGAUGGGCGGAACGCGUUAAAGUCAGUAGAGUACUAUGAUGCCAGGGACAACUGUUGGACAGCAGUCAACCCCAUGCCAGUUGCCAUGGAGUUUCAUUCUGCUGUGGAGUACAAAGAUCGAAUUUAUGUCCUCCAAGGUGAAUAUUUCUUCUGCUUUGAUCCGCGUAAGGACUACUGGAGUCAUCUGGCCCCUAUGAGUGUCCCUCGGAGUCAAGGUCUGGCUGCCUUGUACAAGAACUGCAUCUACUACAUCGCUGGCAUCUGCAGGAACCACCAGCGCACCUUCACCCUGGAGGUCUACGACAUAGAGAAGAACACUUGGAGCCGCAAGCGAGAUCUCCCCUUUGACCAAGCCACAAGUCCGUACAUCAAGGCCAUGCUGCUUCAAGGAAAGCUGCACCUGUUUGUGCGAGCCACACAGGUCAUGGUGGAGGAGCACGUGUUUCGCACCAGCCGAAAGAACUCCCUUUACCAGUACGACGACAAGGCAGACGUAUGGACCAAAAUCUACGAGACACCAGACCGCCUCUGGGAUUUGGGUCGCCAUUUUGAAUGUGUGGUGGCCAAACUUUACCCACAAUGUCUCCAGAAAGUGCUUUGAGGUAGCUCAUUUUUUGCGAACCUAAUCUGUGAGGCAGAUGGAGUGGUGUGAUCCUGCCUGCCUUGUGCCUGGUGUUACCUUGGGUUUGCACCACAAGGAUCAUUUUUGGUUAAAGUCUUAAGUCGUUCAAACUUUGGUUUAACAUGAUCAAAAUGGGGGUGCUUUUAAAGAUUGCAGUAUUUUUUUCCCCCAGACGGCACCAACUACCCACACCAAUGCUCGUUUAACAAAACCGUACAAUGAAUCAUAAGUGCAAUUAUCCUAUUUUCUUAUUUUUUUCCCGCUUCUUGUUGAGCCAUGUUGUUGUGUUUUUGUUUUAGAUACAUAUAUAGGCAACGAUUUUUACAAAUGAUAAGCAUGCAAAUGAGGGUGUUGGCAAAAUAAAAGUGCCCUCUGGUGAUAUGGAUGCUACGUGUCAGCAUAGAGUGAAAAUCUAUAUAUAUAAAUAAUUAUAUAAACUAUAUACAUACGGGUAAGAUGAGUACCGUAGCUCAUUAGUAGGUUGUUGGCUCUGAGGUUUGUGUGUUUUUUUUUAUUUUCGUUCAGUGCUCAAGUCUCUCUUUAGCUUAUUUUAUAGAUAAGUUUAAAUUUGAAGUGUGCUUGUGAUUUACAUUACCUUAGUGUUUUUGAAGCUUGAAUAAUAUUUUUAUGGCCCUCUCUUCCUUCACAAACGUCAGUGUGUCAAACAAUACACUAUGUGUGGCUUCCAUGCUAUUUUUCUUUUUAACUUUGAGAUUCCAGUUGCAUGGGGGCUCCUAACUCCCACUCUUUUGAGUUGGAAUCCAUUUUGUGUCACAUGCAAAGACAGCUUAAGUGAAAUGCUAGAGUACACGUUCUCCACAUUGGAGAAAUAUGGACGGAGUCAAAAUUGUGACAACACUAAGUGGAACAUUCAGACCAACUAACAGGCUUACCUCAGACACUUCAGAGAUCUUUGAUUAGGAGAAAAGGGACAUUUCAGGCCGUCAUGUUGACAAAGCUACUGUGUGAAAGGCUUUGUUCAGCAUUGAGCUCCGUUAAGGUUGUUUUUCGACAUUGUAUUACACAGGGUUGAAAGAGCCUUCCUCUUAAAUGCCAAAAAAAGCAUUUGAGGUCUUGUUAUCAUUGAUCUGGACAUUGAAAAUCAUUUUGUGGUAGCAAUAACUCAUGGAACUGUGAUUAGGCUGUAUUAUGUUAUAUUACCUUAGUAAAAGUGCAUUAAUUGUUUUGUCUGUCUGCUAGUGAAAAUCACCUAGGUUCCAAUAAUGAUUGUUUGGCUGUUGCAUGGCUGCAGGCUUGAAGUGAUGUGUAAUUUAGUGCAGAUCAUUUGGGAUGCCAAUGUGCCUGUGGCUAGAAAAGUGGCAUCAGAAUCAAACGGGGAAAAAAAACUACCUUCUGAUGAAGAGCAUCUGAAAAGUCUUACUCAGCGUUGCACUGAAUCACUCUCCACUUCAGCGGUCCUUAAACUGCAAACUUUACCAAGCACCCUCAAGCAGACUAUAAACAAGCGAGGGUGGCCCCGGUUGUGUGCUAAUUUAUCUACCGGCCAUGAAUCUGUCUUUACACGCCAUCACACAGAGGACACAAACUGUUGGUGCUGCUUUUUUUUUGUUGACAAUCUUGUAUAGAAGAAGUAAUACCACCACUGAGGGGGGUUCCCUGUCAAAGUGUGACAUUUUCAGUGCCGUCAAUUUCCUCAUGCAGGUUCCUGUGUCAUCUUUGCACUACACAUUUCCCUUGUAUUUUAUCUUGACAGAGUGCCCCUCUAUUACAAAAGAAAGGUUUCAGCGACCGCAUAGCAAUCAUCUUAAGAGAUUUACAUGGAAAUUAAUACUAGAAGAGUCGCAUCCAGGAAGGACUUGAGGAUAUAACUUCUCCAAGAGAAGAUUCACUGUUGACUGACUUUGAGCCGACUCUUAAUCGUCCCAGCUUGAAUGAUCCUCAUCAAGGGCGAGGGACGGUUUGAGCUUCAUCCACAUGUCCACAGACGGCCAUUUGUGAACCAGGAACGGAGAACUCUCAGGAUUUCUACUGAUACACAGUACUGUAUUUAAAUGUUUUUGUUAUGUGUAAUAUACUGUACUAUAGGUUUGCUGUACUUGCACAGUUUUUUAAACUUCAGUUUCUUUUAUAACUUGAAAAAAAAUAGAUGUGAUUUUCUUUUUGUUGUCUCCAGUGGCUGUUUUUUUUUUCUUGUGUAAUUACCUAUUUAGUUAUGGUAGAGUAACCCUGCUCUGUUGAGAGAAAAAAAAAGAUGAUCGACAUGAGUUAUACAUUUUUGAUUUUCCUUAUUUUUCCUCCCCUAUCUAUAGUACAGUAGUAUUUCUUUGUAACAUCUCACCGAAACUUAAGCAUUACAGAUCAAAUAAUAAUAUUGUUAGGUCAUGUUUCAAACACCAGUCAUGUGAUACAACAAGCUACAAAAUAAAACUAUUUGUUCAAGAGUUGGUGGCCUUGGGGCUACGAUACUUAGCUUCUUCUGGUCAACUACACGCAUCGCCUAUGGGUGCUAUUCCAUUGUGUUCGUCAUGCAUUUCUCUCCUCACUUUUUACUUUGCUGGUUUUGUCUGUUUUUGGGGUUUCGGGUUGUUGUGGUUGAGCUCAACUGUGAAAUUCACAUUGCACAUAAUUUGAAAAAUAAAACUGUUAAAAGUG